AUGGGCGUCUACGCAGGAGUGAGAGGAGGUCUGGUCUUGGACACACUUGUUCAUCCGCUGCUGCUCGUUGAUCUCCGAAGGAAUCCGGAAGUCCCCGAAGGCUGUAUUUCCGAGAAGACCCGAAGCCACCCGAGUUCCCUCGAGAAUCAUCGGCGACGGGGGGCUACCAUCUUCUCCAAGCUGGACCUUCGGAAUGCCUACCACCUGGUUUGGAUAUGCAAAGGAUAUGAGUGGAAGACAGCCUUCAAGACUGCCAGUGGACAUUGUGAGUACCUCGUCAUGCUGUUUGGACUCACCAAAGCACCCACGGUCUUCCAGGCCCUGAAUAAGAUAUUUGUGAAAGCGGAGAAAUGCGAGUUCCACCGUUCCACCCUCUCCUUUCUGGGAUAUGUCAUCGCUGAAGGAAAUGUCCAGAUGGGCCCGGAAAAGGUGAAAGCGGUAGUGGAUUGGCCCCAAUCUACGUCCAGGGUGCAGCUACAACAUUUCCUGGGGUUUGCCAAUUUCUACCGUCAACUCCAGGGGACACUGGAAUCCAACAAGAAGAGGAUGUUAGACCUCAAACAGAUGUCCAUUCAGCUGGAUCAGAAAUGCCAAGAUCCCUGCAAGGAUACUGUGGAAAUCAAACCCACUACAGGGAAAGAUUGCCAGGAUAUUGCCAACAAGGGUGCCAAAACCAGCGGUCUAUACUACGUGAAGCCACUGAUGGCUAAGGAGCAGUUCCUGGUCUAUUGCGAGAUCGACAGCUUCGGCCGCGGCUUUACCGUCCUGCAGAGGAGACGUGAUGGCAGCGUAGACUUCAACAAGGACUGGGUCCAGUAUAAGGAGGGCUUCGGCUACCUGAGCCCAGAUGACACCACCGAGUUCUGGCUGGGCAAUGAGAAGAUGCACCUGCUCUCCACCCAGUCCUCCAUCCCAUACGUGCUGAGGAUCGAGCUCACUGACUGGGUGGGCAACAAGAAGUAUGCCGACUACGCCAUGUUCAAAGUGGGUGCGGAAGUCGACAUGUACCGCCUGACCUAUGCCUACUACUACGGCGGUGACGCGGGGGACGCAUUCGACGGCUUUGACUUCGGAGAAGACCCCAGCGACAAGUUCUACACGUCUCACAACGGCAUGCAGUUUAGUACCAGCGACAAGGACAACGACAAGUUCCAGGGUAACUGUGCUAUGCAGGACGGCUCCGGUUGGUGGAUGAACCGAUGCCACGCUGCCCACCUCAACGGGAAAUAUUACCAGGGUGGGAAGUACACGGAGAAGGACGCUGGCGAGUCAGGCUACGACAAUGGCAUCAUCUGGGCCACGUGGCACAGCCGCUGGUACUCCAUGAAAGAGACUACCAUGAAGAUCAUCCCCACCAGCAGGAUCACGGCGGGGGACGGACAGCAGACCGGAGGGGUCAAACAGUUUGGAGGCCUGUAACAUUACUGAAACAUAUACUGCAAUAUUGUCUUCGCUAGAACUUUCCCGGACACAGAUUAAGCCAAAUCCUAAGAAGCACAUGGAGAAUCUCUAUUAAACAUGUAGUCCAGGACUAACCUUAGGCAUGAAAUGUGUCUUGAAAAAUGGCCCUCUGUCUUGUUGUAUCUUUGUUUUAUUGGUUCGAUCAAUUUCGUUUUUUGUCCUGUUGCCCAAAAUAUUGUCUAUGAUCAAAUCGCUGUUGUUGGACCUUGGAAGAUUGGUUUGACGUCUUCUAUUUAGCACCUGCUGUUAGAACAAACUUUAUCUGGUGUCUAUGGAGUUUUAUUAGAUCUGGUUGGUUUAACCAAUUAAUAAAUGUUGUAUUUUUCUAAAUGUAGAUACCCCUGCUCCGACUACAUGAUCUAAGACAGGGUUUGAACCUGGGUGGUCUGAAGGCCAUAAGACUGUGUAAGCUCUCUGAGCUAAAAACCUAGGCAAUAGCUCUGGGAGCUAACGCAAGUCUUCAAGUCUCAGGCCAAGGCACUGAAUCACCUCAGUUACACAAGGGUCUAGCAUUUAAAAGACCAUGCCCAUUUCUUUAUUGUACUUUCCCUGAUAUUCAUUCCUGGUACCGCUUGUAAUUGUGCUAAAUAUGAUAAUUGAUACCCACAUUUAUAUGACAUACAGAGAAGGCACUGUGCUGGGAAGACUUAACUAAUCUCAUUCAACUAUUUUUAACUAUUACAGAUAACGAUUUUUAGAAGCUAUUUUGAUACAUUGGGGGAAAUUCUUGGAAAUCAUCUAUUGGAAGUUCUUUGAACCAAUAUUCAAAUAGCCUGGGUUGAAUUCUGAGAGGAUAUGUCAACGGGUAAGAAAGUAACGCGAUUAGGUAGGAAUGGGAAGUAGGAAUUUACCAUAUUAAAGAGGGUGUGUGUGUUUUUUCCCCUCUAAGACCAAAGUGCCCACCAAAGCCAGGUUCAUGUUCAGUGUGGAGAAAACUUUCUGAAACAGAAUGUAACUAUUAAGAAGUCUGAUAUGUCCUAUAUGCUGUUCUAUUACAAAAUAAAUACCUACCUGAA